AUGUCGAGUAGCGUUCGCUGCCUUCUUCUGUUUGAGAGUCUUCAUGAGCGUUACUCUCCGGGUGGGCGCGAGGAGUUGGAGUCAAUUCAGCGGUAUCUGCGACAGCUGCCUGCUGCAUCGGAUUUCAAGGCAGCCAUGACCACCAUCAGGAGGUGGAAGCUGGCGAGGGGUCGUGCUCAGAGCUUAGGCCUACCGGAACAGGCUCCAAAUGAGAGUAUCGGUGCACUGGACAGCUUGAUGAAGAUUCUUGAGAAACGGAACACUCAACUUGCCAUGAAGCUCAAUCUCUUGAGGAUGCAGCCGGACAUCAUUAUCCCAGCGACCUCAGGUCUAGAGAGAUAUCUUAAUCUACUCGAGGUAGAGUGCAGACGCCUUGCAUCUGAUCAAGAAGUCAGAGAUGCACGAGCUGCUCAUAGCAGCGAGGAAGUGGUUGUUGCUGCGGAGGCGGCGGCAAAAGGAAAGGGACGUUUGUGCUUUUACUUUGGGAAGCCGGGUGGUUGUUGGAGGGGUGCCGACUGCCCCUUUGCUCAUCAGGAGGGUAGCGGUAAGAAUGCCGAAGCAUCGAAGGAUGACAACAAGGACAAAGGUCGGGUUGAGGCAAAGGCUGCGGUUGCAGGUCUGCUUGGGGUUGAUUCGGACAUGGGCCCCGGGGCUUCGUCGGUUCGAGUGAUUGCGAGAGCUGCGCGUGAGAUCACUGAUCAGGGCACGGAUUCUGAGAGUGGUUCCAGACUGUCGGAUGCGGGUAGUGCUGACUCUAGUGAUUCCACGGGACGUGCCAUCGACAGCGGGAGUGAAGGGGAGAGUGAGGGUCGUCACAGACUGCCGUUGUGGUACCUCGUUCUUCAUGAAACGGAGUAUGCUCUGCUUUCGUCUGGACCGUUUCAGCUGUUGACCCAUGCCAUUGCCCCCUUUCAGCAGGUGAAUGGACCAAACUUGAUUGCUGUGGGUAUUUGGCAGAUUCUGGAGGAGCUGGACUUCCAGCUUCCAAUUGAAGACUCGCAGAUAGGGCUGAAUCAGUACAUCAUUGAAGCACAUCAGACAUUAUGCAUGUAUCAAGAUGGAGUGCUUAGGCCAGUGGUGUUGGUUCAUGUGGUUGAUGAGGAUACGGGUCGUGAGCAGAUGCUUGCGCUGACGGAGAGUGAAAUCCCUCCAAGGAUUGAGCAUUGGACACUCGAG